AUGAAGCAGCACCUGGCCAGCCUCCCUCGACUCGCCUCUGUCUUCCCCGGCGAGAAGCUGGGGCUCUAUCUGGCGGCCUCUCUGCACGCAGUUAGCUCCGUCCUCGUGAAGGAAAGCUCCGGCACACAACUCCCGAUCUACUACGUCAGCCAUGUCCUGAGUGGACCUGAGGAGCAUUACCCGCCGAUAGAAAAACUCGCACUCGCCCUGGUGCUCUCGGCUUGGAAAUUGCGCCCCUACUUCCAAGCACACUCGGUGGAAGUCGUCACCGACCAACCUCUCCGGCAGAUCUUAACAAAGUACGAUGUUGCAGGUCGGCUCCUCAGAUGGGCGGUGGAGCUUGGUGAACAUGAUAUCAGUUACGCGCCCAGAACCGCCAUCAAGGCCCAGGCGGUAACUGACUUCAUCGUGGAAUUAGCUCGGGUGGACAAACACCUCGAGGGAGCUCCCGAGGCUUGGACCCUACACGUGGACGGCUCGGCCAACUCAAGGGGUGCCGGAGCUGGGCUGGUCCUUCUCGCUCCCGACGGACGCUCAUUCGAGCGCUCCCUCCGCUUCGGGUUUAAAGCCACCAACAAUGAGGCGGAGUAUGAAGCACUCCUAGCAAGACUAAGGCUGGCCCUCGAGAUGCAGGUGGCCGCGAUACACGUCCUCACUGACUUGCAACUCGUGGCCGAACAGCUCAGCGAUGGAUAUGAAGCUCGUGACGCAACCAUGGCCAAAUAUCUGGCGCGGGUAAGGGAUCUAGCCGUGAAAUUCCCUCACUUUACAUUAUCUAAUGUUCCGAGGGAGGAAAACGGACGAGCCGACGCGCUCGCUAAGCUGGCGUCAAGGCGAACCCCCGAAGCGUGGCCAGAGAUGGAGGAGCUUCCCGCUCCCGCCAUUGAGGUGGCAACCACGGCCCCAGGCGGUGCGCCGACCACAUGGGUGCAGGAGCUGUUGCGCUUCAAGCGGGACGGAACCCUUCCCCUCGACGAAGGCGCAGCUCGACGUCUGCGCCGCACGCACGCGUGGUACACCGAGGAAAGUGGUCGGCUUUACAAACGAUCCUUCACCUACCCCCUCCUGAGGUGUUUGGAGCCUGACAAAGCCCGGACAGUCCUGGCUAAAACUCACGAGGGGAUCUGCGGCGAACACAUUGGCGGACGGACCCUGGCGCACAAGAUACUCCGCUAA